AUGGAUAUCUCUGUUCUUCCUAACAACAACCAUCCAGAGAAGUUCCUCCAGCUGGAUGUGGGAAUGCUGCCGGUCACACACGGCAUGUUCCAGGUUGGAGCACUCAUGUCCAGUCAGAGACACUGGCAGAACAGGGUCUAUUUCCAGAGGGAACAAGGGUUAAAUAGUGACAGCAGGUCUCCUCCAUCACCAGAGGACACUCCUGUGGUGUUUGUGGACAGAUAUCUAGAGAAGCACAUCACUCCAGUCACUCUGAAGUCCAACAUUAAGAGGAACCCUCUGUACAUGGACAUAAGAUUGAUGGACACAGAGGACAAAGAGAAGUCCAAACCCUCCUGGACUGUGAAGGAGUACGACACACAGACCAUCCACGGCAACCUGGCACACUAUUUAAAGGAGGAAGAGAAGACUCCUAAAGAUCUGGACUUCUGGCUGGAGGACCUCUACACACCAGGAUUUGACUCUUUACUGAAGAAGAAAGAAGCAGAACAGAAAAAGAGAAAACUGUGCAAGCUGCUUUCUUUAAUCAUUUUCUCUGUUUGUGCACUUCUUAUAGUCAUCAUAGUGCCAGUUGUGCUUCUACAGAAGAAAGACUGA